GCAAGUCUGUGGCUACGUGGAAAUAUGUUGGACGAGGACUAGCGUCAAAAUCUGAGGUUUCUCAAAGUAGCAAACUGUUGUCUAUCAUUGACAUCUACAGCAUUAUCUACUGUUCAGUAAGCAGAAGACUGCCAAGAACCUGGCCAGGUGCCACGAGAGCAGUGCAUUUGACAGUACAGUGCCUGAUGUGGGAGAUGAGGCAGUGAGAGACAGCCUCUCCAUAGAUCCACAUCCCAGGAGAUGGGAGCCAACACCAGCCAGGUCAGUGACCUGUCAGAGAACCAGAGCCUCCGGACCCUGAUCGGCACGGAGUCCAUCUCAGAGAAUGACCCCUUCUGGAACCAGCUAAUCUCCUUCACAUUUAUCAGCCCCACUAGCAGUGGUAACUCCAAGCUGUUGGAAGAGGCUGUUAUUCCCCUGGCCAAGAUCCUGAUUGAGAACAAUCCCAGAACAGGGAAUUUUGGAGCCCUGGUGAGAAUUUUCCUGGGAAGAACCAAAGAGUUGAAAAUAUCCACAGAAUGCCAAGAUCAGCUGUUCAUCUGGCAGGCCCACAAUGCCUUGUUCAUGAUCCGCUGCCUGCUCAAAGUCUUCAUCAGGGAGAUGACAGAGGAGGAGCUGCACUUACAGUUCUCCUACCAGGAGAGGGUGCCAGGCUCCUGUGACACAGGGAGCGAGGUACUGCUGGAAGAGCUGAUGUGUAACCUGGUACACCUGGUGGUGGAGGUGCCCCUGCUGGACAUCACGUACAGUAUCCUGUUUGAGGCUGUGACCACCAUGCUGGUGCUGCUUUCCUACCAACUCUUCCACAAGGAGAUCCUGAGAGACGGACUCAUCUACCAGUACCUGAUGAAGGGGCAAUGUCUAUCCCUGACCAGUCGGUUGGUGAAGACUCUGCUGUAUAACUUCAUCAGACAGGAGAAAUGUCCACCUCCUUCCACACACAUCUUUGAACAGCAGUCUGACAGAGGAGGCCUGCUCUACGGACUCGCCUCAGGCGUAGCAAGUGGGUUGUGGAGUGUGUUCACGCUGGGUGGAGCUGGCACUAAGCCAGGAUUGGACCAGGAACAGAACCCUCUGCCACUGUCCAAUCAGAGCCUGUUAUUGCUCCUGGUGCUAGUCAAUCUGACAGAUGGACCCAACGACUGUCCCAACCCCUACAGACAGGCUGUCAAAUGCUUCAAAAACACACAAGACACGUCGUCCAUCCCUACAGAGCAGCAUCAUAUGUUCCAGAUCAACUUCAACAGCCUUUACACAGCUCUGUGUGAGCAGCAGAGAUCCGACCAGGCUACACUGCUACUCUACACACUGCUACAUCAGAACACCAACAUGAGGACAUACAUGCUGUCACGCACAGACAUGGAGAACCUGGUGAUGCCCAUCCUCGAGAUCCUGUAUCAUGUGGAAGACAGGAACUCUCAUCACGUCUACAUGGCCCUCAUCAUCCUCCUCAUCCUCACUGAGGAUGAUACCUUCAACAGAUCCAUACAUGAAGUGGUAUUAAAAAACAUAACGUGGUAUUCAGAGCGUUCAUUAACAGAAAUCUCCCUGGGGAGUCUGCUCAUCCUGGUGGUCAUACGCACCAUCCAGUUCAACAUGACACGGACCAGGGAUAAGUACCUGCACACCAACUGCCUGGCUGCCCUGGCCAAUAUGUCUGCCCAGUUCCGCUGCCUACACCAGUAUUCAGCCCAGCGCAUCAUCAGCCUGUUUGCACUGCUAUCCAAGAAGCACAACAAGGUUUUGGAGCAGGCUACCCAGUCUCUACGGGGCCCGCGGCGGGCAGACGACAGCUCAGUCCUGCCUGACUACGCCCAGGACCUGAAUGUGAUUGAGGAGGUGAUCAGGAUGAUGCUGGAGAUCAUCAACUCGUGUCUGUCUAACUCUCUACACCACAACCCUAACCUGGUCUACGCCCUGCUCUACAAGAGAGAGCUCUUCGAACAGUUCAGAACACACCCCUCCUUCCAGGACAUCAUGCAGAACCUCGACACAGUGCUAAGUUUCUUCAGCCAGCGUCUUGAGGCAGCAGGGACAGACCUGUCAGUAGAGAGGGUUCAGGAGGUCAUCAUGAAGGGAGCACAGGCCCUGCCCAAAGACCGCCUCAAGAAGUUCCCGGAGCUGAAGUUUAAGUACGUGGAGGAGGACCAGCCUGAAGACUUCUUCAUCCCUUAUGUGUGGUCUCUGGUUUUCAACUCUGGAGUGGGCCUUCACUGGAGCCCUACAGGCAUAGAACUAUUCAGCAUGGACUCUGGCUGAUUGUGGAGGUUCACGUCUGUCUAUGCUAUGGGCCAAUCCAAACUUCCACUUUAGUCAAAUGUUCCCUUAGUCAUGCAUUGAUGUAAAUGGGAGAGGAAGGGAACAUUUUACCUUAGUGGAAGUUAGUGUGUGUGUGUGUGUGUGUGUGCGCGUUGCUUUGGAAGUGCCUCUACCCUCACAGACAGAUCCCUGGGUUACUAUGGGAUGUUCGACAGGAGGACAGUACCGGUCUUCCUUUCUGCUCCUAUUUGUUCAAAUCAGACAGUCUUCUCUCCUGUGCUUCCACUUAGCCUGGUUAGUCCAGACUGAACACUGAGCUCACCAUUGUGAGUCAUCAUUCAGUCUGGUACAACCAGGCUAGCUUCCACAUGGUUCAGCUCCACAACCAGACCUCAACAGCAGCACUGAAUACUAGGGAUGGUCCUCUUUACAGAGACAUUUUGUUUUCUCCAUUAUUGGGAGUUUGGUACAGUUUUUGUCCAGUCUUUCUCUGGUUUUCUCUGGUUUUGCCUCACCUCAAAUUCACCCUUGAUUCUUUUGGGUUUGCUUGAAUUGUACUUUCUUUUUUUUAAUGAAGUAAUGAAGUAAUAAAUAAAUAAAAUGUCAGAAUUUAGAACAGGUCACCUGGGAUCCUGGGUUGAGGACGGGACAGUUGAUGACAGUUGACAGUUGGUGAUGGCCUAAAGGUAUCAAUACGAUACUUGUCGCUGUAGCCUGGUCCCAGAUCUUGUCACAAACAGAAUCUGGGACCAGGCUUUUGUGACUGUCCUAAGUCACGUCUUUACCACAGUAACGAUUUACUAUCAGUAGUUUAGUAAAACAGGGGUCCUCGUUUUUCAUCAGUUUGAUUCAACUCUCCUUAUUUUCAGUCAGUUGUCCCAAUGUUAUUUUGUGCACAAUCAUGUUUGUUUGUUUAUUUGUUUAUUUGCAUGUUUUAUAUGAUUUGUUUUUUUAUGAUUGUAUUUAUUUUCAUGUAUGGAUUUUUAUAUUUGUCCCCACCAAAACAUAAACAACAAUCAACAGCAACAACAGUAGCAAAAUGAUAUCCUUAAUAUCCUUGUAAAGAAACAUCAAAAAAGUUUUUUUUACGCUAUCUUAUUUCCUGGUAGUUAUGUAGUUGUCUUAAUGUCAAUAUAGAACAACAACAGCUGACAGAUUUGCAAAUUUAAAGUUGAAUUUAGGAAGCAUAAUUAUUAUCUAUAGAAAAAUAACUGUAUACUGUGUCACGUGUAAAUGUUCCAGGAUGCGUCAAAAUUGGUACCCUAUUCCCUAUAUAGUGCACUACUUUUGAGCAGAGCCCUAUGGGGCCUGGUCAAAAAUAGUGCACUGUAGGGAUUAGGGUGCCAUUUGAGAUGAAACCCCAAUGUUGUACUGAUCAGGGAACACAUGUAUAUUAUUUUAUAGACAAAUACAAACAUAAGUUUGUUGCUUUUCCUAGACGUUGUUCCAUAUGAAUCUGAAGGGAAGAUGUUCCUUGAAGUGUCCCAAAUGGCACCCUAUUCCCUCUAUAGUGCACUACUAGGGCCACAGGGCUCUGGUCAAAAGUAGUGCCCUGUUUAUUGAAACUUUGUCGCUUUAAAUAUUUUUAGUUCAGCAAAAAAUAAACGGACAAAUAUAUUUAGAAUGAAUAUACAUUUAUAUUUAUGUAUGAAUCAACAUGACAUGCAUAAUAAAACAUGAUUGAGUGAGAGGUUGUCCCUAUAGGCAGACUUGUCACCUGUAGGAUCCACUGUUUUAAGUAAACAUCGCUGUUACAGAACUACACAGUCAAAGAUGGGGUGCCUCCCAAUAAUUUGUCCUUCUUCCUGAAGUGUGCACUUGUUCACUACUUCCCACACAUUUAAAACCAUUGAAGGGUGGUGAACAAGUACUCACUUUGGGAGAAAGGAGAGAUUAUUCGGAUGUACCCAAAGAUUUCUUUACUUGCAUUCAGUAACAAGAGUCUUGUCUAUAGUGAGGCCCUUGAGAAGCACUCUUGAAAGCAUUAUAUUUAUCUCUCUGUCAUCAUCUCUUUAUCUCUCUAUAUUUAUUUGGGGUUGUUAUGACUGCUGUUUUCAGCUGAAAAAGAACAAUGUGUUAAAACUGGAAACUUGCUGUUUGCGUGCAAGUAAAUUAUUCUAGAAUGUUACUUCACUAAGAACAGACUAAAGUACCAUGCUUCUACAUUUUAGAUUAUUUUACAACCACCUCCCUUCAUAUAAUACCCCCUUUCUACUUCAAAUGUAAUGGUUCUCUUCUAUACCUCCUAUGUAAACAAACAUAAAUAAAAAACAGCUGUUGU